UCCAACUCGGCGGUCUGUGCUAUAUUCGUCUCUGUUUUGCCGAUUGUAUGUCUUCAUAAUUAUUAAUGCGGCGUGACUCCCUAGGAAUCUUCAGUACUGGAUCGUGCAUGUUUUUGAUGAGUGUAUGUCUUGGUCGUUGGGAUUGAGUGUUGCAAAGUGUGCUCUCGUGUACUGUGUGGUGGAGAGACAGUAUUAACCUGCCAUGGCGCUGUCCAUAUUCAAACGAAAACCCAAAAAUUCUAUACCGGCCUCCCUGGCCGCAUCACCGACUAAGGAGAAGACUUUUAAUGUCAGCUACUUAGGGAGCCUCCGUACCGUCACGGGUAAGGGUCACGACUGCCUGAACGAGCCGUUACUGGAGAUAUGGUCCAAAUCCAACAAGGGAACCCGCUCAGCUAAGGCCCAACUGACCAUCGCCGUGGACGGGUUGAACUUGGAGCGUCUCGAUAUUAAGGAAUUACCGAUGGCUCUACAAACGUUCCAGCUUCAUCGGAUCUCGCACUGCGGGCUGCACCCGAAGUACCCGCGUGUGUUCGCCUGGAUUCACCGGAACGAGCUCCAACGGAUGCAGGUCGAGAUGAGGGUGCACGCCGUGAUCUGUAACCGCUCGGAGAAGGCGAAGAUGAUCUGCGAUAUGCUGACCGAGCGCUUAAAGACAUCAUUCGAGGAGUACAAGCGAGACAUGAAGGUCAAGGAUAAGAUCUCAGAGAGGCGAUCUAGCGAAGGAACCCUGGACCUGGCAGGCCUGAAGGCACUCAAUGAGCACCGGUCUAGCUUCAUGCCACCCGUGGCCAAGAGAGGUAGUGUACCUUCUCUCGGUGUCAUCUUGGAGAAGGGUAAAUUGGUGGGCGUGUCUCAGAUGAUUGAUGCUAAUGAUGAGUUGGAAGAGGAGGAGGAGGAUGACCAAGUACUUUAAUGAUGGGGGAACUGUGUCUUUAAACUCUGUAAGGAAAUUGUUACUAUACAAACUGGUCAACAAGGAUUUGAAAAUAAAUCUGUUGAUUUAAAGGGCAGGAUGUCUUUAAACUCUGCUGCAAAAAAAGUUUGUUUUGUAAAUUGUUGAGAUUUGAAAACAGUGUAAGGAUGUUAUAUACAUGUAUAUACAAACUGAUCAAGAAGAACUUGCAAACAAUUCCUUUCUGAUUUGAGCAGGAAUUGCGUCUUUAAACUCUGCUGCGAAACUGCCGAAGAAGGAUUUGCAAACUCUGAUUUGAGCAGGAGCUGUGUUUUUAAUCUUUGCUGCAAAAACAACGUUUUUUUCGUGUUAAGAACAGAGUGAGGAAAUUGUUUAAAUACAAACUGAUCAACACAGAUUUGCAACUAAUUCUUUUGAUUUGAGCAGGAACUGUGUUUCUAAACUCUGCUGCAAAAAAGCGUUAGUUUUAAAGUUUGUUGAGAUUUAAGAACAGUGCGAGGCAAUUGUAUACACAUUUAUCAAGAAGAGUUUAUUUUGCAAACAAUUCUUUUGAAUUGAGCAGGAUCUGUUCAGAAGUAUUCUACAAAAGAGAUUUUUUUUUAUAUAUGUAGACUUGCAUUUAGUGAAAUCAACUGAUAUUUAUAACUAAGAACUAUAAUUAUAAAUCUUGGGGUAAAUGUAAAAUAUUGUUUAUAACAUUCAAACACCGAAACAGCAAGCUGAUAAAUAGCAUUAUGCCAGCACCAGUUUUCUUUAAAGGGGCUGUCUCGUCAUGAUCAAAGCAAACCUGUGUACGUGUAUUUAUUAACUAAGGUAUUGCACGGCGUGCGCCCUCCCUCCGUGCAAACUUGAGUUAAAGGCAUGAACACCUGUGGUUAUUGCAUCUAAACAUUAUUCAUAAAUAACAAAUCUGUGGAAUUUUUGACUCGAUUGGUCAUCGAAAUUGCAAGAGAACAGUGAAAGAAAAAGCACCAUUACUGCACAAAAUGCGCGUGCUCUCAGAUGCACAUAAACGGCUUCAGACCUGAGGUCAUUUAAUAUUAAUUUAGUGAGAAAUAACCUCUUUCUCAAAAACUACAUUACGUCAGAGGGAGCCAUUUGUCACAAUGUUUUUUCUAUCAAUAGCUUCCCAUAAUCCUGUUUCAGACAUGGCGGACACAAUGCUACAAAACUAUAAGGUUUGGGUAAAUUUGUCU